GUUCGAUAGCAAUCUCUCUCAGAUCUAUAAAGAUGCCAAAUAAUAAACGACAUACUCUCAAAACAGUCAAAAAAAGGGAAGAACUCCACCCUUAUUCACGAAAAGCACAACAACUAUCACGGAUUAUGAUGCGCAAAGAGAAAUUGACUACUCGAUCUACAAUGACUACUAAAGAUCUGUUAGCUCAACGAUGGAUGUGGUUUCGAUUUGCUAUGGAUGAUACUCUUACUUGUACAACCAAAGAUGAUAUGCAUGAUAUGAUAUCUAUGUACUUGGAACGAAAUGAUGAUGAAUUGGAAAAACUACAAAAGGAUAGACAACUCACUAAAAGACCCAAAUCUUCUCGAGAACAUCUUCUUGAAGCAACAAUCACUAGUGAAAAGGAUGAAUACAAAUCUGGCAUGGAAUUACCUGACUUGACAAAUGGCAAAGUGGUCAAGUUACUACGUGAAUGGGAUGGUGAUACAAACAGUAUGACUAGAAUUAAAACUAUACGAUUACAUAUGCGUACUCCUAAAGCAAUUCAAGAUAUGAUAACGGAUGAAAACAAAUCAAAGGAUAUAGAAAUGAAGAUCGAUGAUGAUAGUUUAAUGGAUACCAAAUAAAAAUUAUUUUUUAUCUUAUAUGUUUAUUUAUUUGUUAUGACUCAAUGUUAUCUUUUUUUAUUUUUAUUAUGAUCUUUAUCUAUGCAGUGAUGAUCAGUGAUGAGCCGAUGAUGGUAUGGUUACUCAAAAUACGGAGAAUGUUCCCCUUGUAUCUUUUUGGAUGUUUCGAGACAAUGAGGACCACCAUCUUUUUGUAACACAAAACAAUUCUGUAGAUGUUCAAUUUAACCUGGAUCUGAAAAAGAAACUAUUAUUGGUGUGUUUGUCUAUUGAUCGCAAAUUACCAUGAUUAUAAUAUUGGCUUAUUUUACUCUUGAGAUAAAAAGGAUAUUCCGAAAAUGGUUUUAACCCCCCU